AUGGCAGACUCCUACCCUUAUAACAGUCAACUUGACGCCUUCGAGCUCUACCACCAAGUUCAGGAAGAAUCUCGAUCGUCUCGACCCUCUUUGCCGAAUGGCACACUCCUCGAAGCUCUGGGCCAUGCCAUCUCUGGCUCCGUCGGCUCCUCGAUAUCUAAUGCCGCGCUCUACCCAAUUGAUCUGAUCAUAACCCGCCUCCAAAUCCAGCGGAAGCUGCGUGGUGAUGACCAGUCCCAUCCCUCCGACACCGAAUACAAAUCCUUCAGCGAUGCAGUCCAGAAGAUCUACGCCAACGAAGGCGGGAUCGCCGGUCUAUUCACAGGCCUAGCACAAGACACCGCAAAGACUAUAGCCGACUCAUUCAUCUUCUUCCUGCUUUAUAGCUAUUUCCGCAAUCGGCGCCUGGCCGCCCACGCCAACGCACACUCCCUGCCUGCUCUUGAAGAGCUGUCUGUGGGCUUCGUAGCCGGCAGCUUGACCAAACUUGCGACCACACCCAUCGCCAAUGUCGUGACGCGAAAACAAGCCGCGGCUCUCUUGGCCGUGAAGGACCAGGACCAGAGCGAUGACAAAGGCCACUUCCAAGUCCCCGACACCCGCAAGAUCAUCCAAGACAUCCUGUCGGACAAGGGUAUCCAGGGCUUCUGGUCCGGCUACUCGGCCAGCCUUGUCCUCACGCUCAACCCCAGCAUAACCUUUUUCCUCUUCGAGAACCUCAAAAAGGUUGUUCUCCCUCGACACCGCCGCGCGAAUCCUCCGCCAUCUUUGACAUUUCUUCUCUCUGCUCUCAGCAAAGUCUGCGCCUCCAGCAUCACGUAUCCAUUCAGUCUCGCCAAGGCACGUCUCCAAGCAGGCGGCGUCGGUGCCAAAUCUCCGUCGUCGUCGUCGUCUUCUGCACCACCAUCCGAGGACCACCACUCGACCGAAGAGAAGGUCGUCGAGGAGGACGCCCCGACUCCAGCUCAAGGCCGAAAUGCCGCUCGGGCGACAAUCUUCUCCACCGUCCUCGCCAUCGCACAGACCGAGGGUGUCGCGUCUCUCUACGAAGGCCUGCAGCUCGAGAUCCUACGCGCCUUCUUCUCGCACGGCAUGACCAUGCUCGUCAAACAGUCGAUCCAGCGCCUUCUCGUGCGCGUUUACUACGUCAUGUCCAUCGUCGCGGGCCGAUACCAGCGCAAGGCCCACCGUGGCGCGAACCGCCUCUCGGCCAAAGCCAAGGAAGGCGUCGAGUAUUACAAUCUCGCCAUGGCCCGCGCGAGCCAGAAACUCGAAGAGACCAAAGCCGUGAUCCAGCAGCGUGCGAACGAGACGGCAGAGUUUGUGGCCGAAUACGUCGAGGAGGACGACGGCCAGUGGCGAGACUUGUACGGCACGGUCGGGUUGGCGAAAUGGUUGGACAAGGACAGGGGGUUAUGA